AUGGCGAGUCGCGCCUUCGUAGUCACUGGGGCCAACAAAGGCAUUGGAUUUGAAACGGUGAGGGAGUUGGGGAAAAUUCCCAAACUGAAGGAAGCAGUAAUUGUGCUUUGUUCCCGAACUUUAGCAGCCGGCGAGACAGCAGUUUCAACGCUGGCUAAAGAGGGCAUAAGAGCAAACCUGGAGCAACUAGACAUUGCAGAUGAAAAAAGCCGAAAUAACUUUGUCGACGUGCUUCAAAGAAAGUACAAGCAUGUUGACUGUCUUGUUAACAACGCAGGAUUCCUUCUCUCCCUCUUAGGCAUUGCUUUCCCACCUGGGGCCAGGCAGCCGCUUACUGAACAGGCCAAAGCCACUUGUGCUGUAAAUUACUACGGAACGCGAGAUAUCACGAUGGCCCUGUCCCCCUUGUUCAGAAAAAACACAAAAGUUGUAUUUCUUACAUCGAAUCUCGAGACCGCGGGCCCCCCGUUCAUGAGCAAAAGUAAUCGCGACCGUUUAUUGGCCUCUACCGCCACCGUCGAGGAUAUUGAUGCUGCGGCCGCUGUCAUUGGCUUGAUGGCUGCAGUGGCCCGCCAUGCCGAUGCAGGCAAAUUAAAUCCUAAUGCGGAGGGUAUCAUUGUCACUGCGUGCUAUCCAGGAUGGUGCAAGACAGAUAUGGCAGGGUGGAAGAGCCCUCUGCUGUCAGCUGCAGAGGGAGGCAAAAGAGUGGCUGAACUCGCUCUAGGCGCCGGCAGACAACAGCACGGGCGCCUUGUAGUAGAAAACAAAGAGAUAAAGACACCGUCUCAGCUGGAGUCCCCGGAGACAGUUGAAAAGUGCUUUUUGCCGAAGCGCGUAUCAGUGGAAGCAGAAGAAUGUUCUAAGACAGGCAGAGACGUAGCGCGGCCUCUAGCCAACUCAGCCGAACGUCAUUUCCCAACAACAAGUGGAGGCCUACCGACGCCUGCAGGCAUACUUGCUGCUGUUUCGUGA